AAUUAAUGUCAAGAUAUCAAGUUCAACUGGAAAUAAGCGCCGCCAGUAGGGGACUCGCUAAAAUCAAUUUUCGUGUCUAUUAAAAUUCGAGGCAAACAAAAAAAAAACAAAUAUUCAAUCUCGUAAAAUCACAAGUUCCGAUCAAGGGUAAAAGAUAUAGAUGCAAUUUGCAAUUAUGUGUAUCUACAUAAAUCAUAUUAAAGCUUGCGUAUAGAUACUUUUUUAUCAAGUGGAAGCUUGCACUAAAUCGUUUAGCAUAAACAAUGCAACGCAAAGUUAAAAUUGCAACAACUCUCGCGCAUAAUAUGUUUUGUAUCCUUGAAUUCCACUCUGACGCCAUCCAUGGCAGUUAUUAUUGAAAACCUACAGACUCUCGACUCUCAAGCUUGGUAUAUAAAAGGCAGUCUCAAUACUCGAUCAUCAAACAGUCACAGAUCGUCGUUUCAUCGAUUAAAUUAUUAUUAUCUCAACUCCAAAAACCAACCAAAUCACCUUUCAAUAUGUUCAAGUUGUUGGCUCUUUUCUCAAUCAUCGCUUUUGCUUAUGCUGCUCCCGGUGUCGUAGUUGCACCUGUAUUGCAUCCAGUUCAUCCAAUUGUGCAUCCAGUUGUGCGCCAUGCACCAAUUGUGCCAGUAGGACAUGUCAGUCAUUCGGUGAUCCAUCCAGCUCCAGUUGUUAAGACAAUUGUGCCAGUUGUUAAGCCAGUUGUUGCUCUGCAUCCAGUGCCAGUUGUUAAGACUAUUGUGCCAGUGCAUCAUCCAGCUGUUCUAGUUCAUCAUUGAUAAGGAACUUUUACCAAUCAUCUUAACGUUUAAGAAGGUUAUCAUAGCGAGUCACGAGUCGCCAUAAUUUUAUAAAAAAAAAAUCAAAAAAGUCCAAUAAAAAAAAAUGAAAACCCUUUAA